AUGGAAGUCAUGGAUACUCAGCGUGCCUUGGAAGCUGUGGAGAGACUGCAAGCCAAACUGAAGGAGAGAGGGGAGGCCCCCACGCAGGAGAAACUCUCCCUGCUAAAGACUGUCCUGCAGAGCCCCCUGUUCCAUCAUAUACUCAUCUUACAGCAAGCACAGCGGAAGCCCCUGGCAAAGGGGAAGGGCAUUUCCAAAUCUGUGUCCAUGAACUGUGGACCGUGCCCGGGCAUGGCGAUGGGGUUGAAGACGCUGAGCCACAGUGACUCCUACACAUGGGCCAUGGAGAACCGAAGGCCCAGCACUGCCAGAUCCUUCCACAGGGAAGGCAGCAUCUCCUCUCUGGGUUCACAGGAUCUGUCCUUCACGGACAUCUUCCCAGACAACUGCAUUCACACCGAAUCACAGUAUUGCACUCCCCCUCGAAUCUCCCGCACCAUGUCGAUGGGGAGAAACCUGUCUGCUAUUGCUCAUGAGAGGCGUCAUGUGGAGAUGAUUGAGCUGACCAAUGAUGGGAAGGGGCUCGGUUUUGGGAUCAUAGGGGGGCGUAGCACAGGAGUCAUGGUCAAGACCAUCCUUCCUGGAGGAGCUGCCGGCCGGGAUAAGCGCCUACGUAGUGGAGAUCAGAUCCUGCGCAUUGGAGAUACAGAUCUGGCAGGCAUGAACAGUGAGCAGGUGGCACAGGUGCUGCGAAAUGCUGGUAGCAAGGUGAAACUGCUCAUUGCCAGGGAUGUUCUCAAGGGCAACCACCUUUCCUCUCCUGUCCUCAGCCAGGACAGCUUGGAUGGCAAGCUCAAUGACUUGAAAGAUGAUUAUGAGUUCAGUGUGCAGUUCACUAAAAACAGCCGGGGCCUGGGAUUCACCAUCUCUAGCUACAUAGGUGACCUAAACUCAGUCUACAGCGCCGGUGUGAUAGUGAAGAGCAUAGUGAAAGGCAGCACUGUUGAUCAAGAUGGACGCAUCCACAUUGGAGACAUCAUCCUCUCUGUGGAUGGGGUGAGCCUGCAGGGCUGCAGUGAGCAGAGGGCAAUGGAGGUGCUGAGGAGGACAGGUCCCCUGGUCAGACUGAAGUUGCUGAGGAAGGCCGUCCGUCUGAGUCACAUCCUGCCCCCGGUUCCUCCCCUGCAGCCCCUUCGACACUCCCACAGCUUCCAUGAGGGCAAUCCCUACAGAGUGGGCCUCAACAAGAUUCAAGAGACAGGGAUCUGCUCUCUGCGUGAAAUUUCCCGCCGAGCAGCAUACGCCAACAGACAACCCCAACACGAUUCCAGAAACGGUGUGAAACUGACCCCGGCUGAGGAGGAGGACCUGAGGAAGAGGUGGCAGCGUGCGGUUGGACCCAGAUAUGAAGUUAUUGUGUGUCAGCUGGAGCGUUUCAGCGAGACAAGUGGUCUGGGCGUUAGUCUGGAGGCUCGGGCAGGACAUCAUUACCUGUGCUCUGUCUUACCUGAGGGACCUAUUGGCCAGAGCGAAAAGAUCUUCACUGGGGACCAGAUUUUGGAGGUGAAUGGGAUUCCUCUCAUUGGAGAAACACAUAAGGAGGUGGUCAGUAUUCUGAAGGAGCUGCCGAUGCAUGUAUGCCUGGUGUGCUCUCGCAUUGUACCCCCUUCAGUUCCAGACAGUGACGAAGAAGAUGGUGAUGAUGUCCAUCUCACCCUGAAAGAGCUGCUGGCUGAGUUCAAUGACAAGUUGGACCAGGGAUGUGUCAUCCCCUGUCCUACGGCUGAGGACAUCACCAAGCGUGGCGUGCCCCCCAUGUCACCUCCUCUGGCCAUGUGGGAGAGGGAGGCUCAGGUGGUUGAGCUGGAGAAAGGCGAGUCGGGACUGGGCUUCAGUAUCCUGGACUACCAGGAUCCAGAGGAUGCCACUAAAACAGUUCUGGUAAUCCGGUCCUUGGUACCUGGAGGCGUAGCAGAUCGAGAUGGUCGUCUGCUGCCUGGUGACCGACUCAUGUUCGUUAAUGAAACUGACCUGGAAGGCUCCAGCCUGGAUUAUGCUGUGCACGUCCUAAAGUCCACAGGCUAUGGCCCUGUCCGCAUUGGUGUUGCCAAACCCCUGCCACUGGAACUGUGCGGCGGCUUAACGCCCAUCUCGGAGAGGAGCACGCGGGCUUCCUGCGAUGACACUGACAGCCACACUCAGGUCAGCCUGCUAGCUGAGGCAGCUGAGGCUACCACCAACACUUUCAAUUCUGAGGACAACAGCAUCAUCCAGCCGUGUUACACUACAACGGAAAACCAGCUGCGUAAUCGCUUCAGCAUCAUGGAAGACGAGGAUAGGCAGCAAGCCCCACCUCCACCUCCCCGCACCAGCUUUGAGAGGACAAUCAUUGUUGUCCGGGGCAACCGUAGCCUUGGGAUGUCGGUGAGUGCUAUCAAGGACGGCUCAGGCAUGCUGGUGCGCAGUGUGGUCCAGGGGGGCUCUGUUAGCCAGGAUGGCAGGCUGGGGGUGGGGGACGCCAUCUUGGCCAUCAACGGAGAACCUACUUCCAACCUGACCAGCGCCAAGGCCAGGGCCAUGCUCCGCAGACACUCUGUCAUAGGGCCAGAAAUGAGAUCUACCCAUGCAGAUCUUGACAGUCUGUGUGACUCGAAUGAUAUAACCUAUGUCCCAGCCCAUCAGGUGGAUGAGCACCGUACUCGUCUGUGUUUGCCCCCUCUGGCAUCCAUCGCAGCAGACAGCGCCUCUUCCUCGCCCAUCCCACCAACGCCUUCUCCAGAACCUGCAUCGGCCCCAGUCAGAUCUCCCGGUCCAGUCAGAGCUCCAGCUCCGACUCCAGCUUCAUCCACCACCACCCUCAAACCGUCUGCCUCAGUUAAAUUUAAAGCUGCAGCUCCAGAACAAGCCGCAGUCAGAACCUCUGCUUCAUUCAAAGCUCAAUUCAAAGUCCCAUCCAUAGUCCCCACCAUCACCCCAGCCCCAGAUUCAAGUUGGCAGAUUCCAAAAUCUCUACCUCACAAGAAUAAGGGAGAAGGAAAAGAAGAUGGCAACACUGCAGAAGAGAAAAAGGACAAGAUUAGUGCAGAUGGGAAAAUACCAAAGCUGGAGGUGGAGGUAAAGGUGGAUGGUAAAGAGGAGGGAGAUGGGGAGCUCCAUCUUCAUACCACCGUGUCUUGGGAUCAACCUAGAAGUGUACAGCUGACUCGAGCACCAGGCCAGUCCCUGGGUAUCAGCAUAAUGGGAGGCAGAGGCAUGGGCCAGAGACUGAGCAGUGGAGAGAUGAUGAGGGGAGUCUUCAUCAAGCACAUCAGUCCCGACAGCCCGGCAGCACAUAAUGGCACCCUCCGGACUGGAGACAGGAUACUAGAGGUGUGUGGUGUGGACUUAAGAGAUGCCAGCCAUGAGCAGGCAGUGGAGGCCAUCCGCAGGGCUGGAGACACUGUGGUCUUCCUGGUCCAGUCCGGACAACUCAGAUCUCAGUCUCCAAUGCUCACCAACCAUGAAAGACCAACUCCAACACCACAGUACAACUCACACAGCAGCAAGGAAGCAGAGGCUCUCAGUGGUCUGUUCCUUAGUCUCUCCCCUACAAACCCCUUCACUCCCACCCCCUUUAAGGUACCUUCGCCAGCAUCCAAUAGAAAGGAUCUGAGAAGCCCCUUAACUGUCACAGCACCAAUCACAGCGGCAGCUGAAGACGAGGACGACACUGGCAGGAAAAAAAUGCUUCAGCGCUAUGGCAGCCUGUCUGGGAAGCUGCAUAUGAUUGAGCUGGAAAAGGACCCUGCUGCUCACAGCUUGGGAAUCAGUCUCACGGGGAACAAGGAUGGCUCUAGGGCCCGCAUGAGUGUCUAUGUGGCGGAUAUAGACCCUCAAGGUCCUGCUGGUUUAGAUGGGAGGAUACAGGUUGGAGACGAGUUACUGGAGAUCAACGGUCAGAUCUUGUACGGUCGCAGCCACCAAAAUGCCUCCACCAUCAUUAAUAAUGCUCCGUCUAAAGUCAAGAUCAUUCUCAUCAGGAAUAAGGCAGCUCAGAGUCAAAACGCCCAGGGAUCCAGAACAGAGUGUGAGGACACAGUCGACUCCCAGAUAGACUCUGCAGAGCACGGAGGAUUAUCCAGAGACAUCCACCAUAUCAUCCUACCUCAGGAUCAUGUAGGUCUCGGCCUCUGCCUGAUGGAGGACGACUCUAAGGAUGGAGUGCUGGUCAGGUCCCUGAUCGAGAACGGCACUGCUAGUAAGGAUGGCAGAAUAAAGACUGGAGACAGAAUUGUAGCAGUGGGUGAUGAGCGUGUGGCCGGACUGUCAGUGGACAAGGUGUCCAGUUUGAUUCUCCAACACCGGGUCACUGUCAAGCUCUCCAUCAGUCCUUCCACGAGCCUCUCCUCCUCUUUCACUCUACCUGUCCCUGCAUCUCUUUCCUGUCCCUGCUCUGUCUCUCCCACAACCACCCUAACCGUCCCUGUAUCCUCCCCCUCGUCUUCAUCCCUCAGUACCAUGCAGACAUAUCCCACAGGACAGUCUGAUUGGUUAGGAUCCACGCCCACAGCCUCUGACCCCCUGAGCUGCCCAGUUGUAGCUGGCAGGGAAACCACGAUAGAGUUCAGUAAAGGAAAUGUAGGCCUGGGCCUCAGCAUUGUAGGAGGAUAUGACACUCUGCUGGGGGCAGUAGUAAUUCAUGAAGUAAAUGACGGAGGAGCAGCACAGAGAGACGGCAGGCUGCAGGCUGGAGACCAGAUAUUAGAGGUAAAUGGUAUAGACCUCCGGCAGGCCACUCACGAUGAGGCUAUUGGCGUGCUGCGGCUCACCACCCAGUGUGUUCGCCUGUGUGUCUUCAGGCACCAGGAGACCUACAGGGAGGAGGACCUUUGGGACGUCUUCAGCGUGGCUCUCAAACCGCGUCCUGGAGAGGGGCUGGGGUUCACUACUGUGGGAAAGAGUAAUGACACGGGCAUCUUUGUGUCGGAUAUCAUCAGAGGAGGCGUAGCAGAUUCAGAUGGCAGGUUGUUGCUAGGUGACCAGAUUCUGUCAGUCAAUGGAGAGGAUGUCCGUGCGGCGUCACAGGAACAUGCACAGGAGCUUCUACAGAGCUGCAGUGGAGUGGUCCACCUGGAGGUGGCUCGGUUUAAAGCUGGGGUGCAGUACUCACAGCGGAGCCAGGAGUACUUUAAGUUGUGUUUUAUCCAGAGCGAAGACUCUGACUGUUCCACCCUGACCCUCUCAAGCGGAUGUGAUGCUUCCCUUGGCCACCAGAGGGAGACAGAUAACAAAACAGGUAGCUACACGUUUCAGGAGUUCGCUGACAUCAGAAAAGUAAUAAUACAAAAGGGUCCAUGUGACUCCCUGGGCAUCAGUGUAGCAGGAGGAGUGGGCAGUCCCCAUGGCAACGUACCUCUUUUUAUUGCUACCAUGGAUACCAAUGGACUGGCUGCCAAAACACAGCAAUUACAGACAGGAGACAAGAUCCUCAGUAUCAAUGGUAUGUCCACUGAGGGAAUGUCUCAUACCCAUGCCGGAGUCCUGCUGAAGAACGCCACCGGAACCCUCAGUCUGCAGGUGGCAGCGGGUUCUGAUGGCAGUAGCACACAGGACCACCGUGAUGUCCAUGCCCGGUCGUCAGGCCAACCCAGCACCCUGCCCUGCUCUCACAACAACCUCUGUGCUCGCAUGUAUAAGACCAUCACUCUGGAGAGAGGCUCCUCGGGCCUGGGCUUCAGCAUCGUAGGAGGGUUCGGCAGCCCUCACGGAGACCUGCCAAUCUAUGUCAAAACUGUCUUUAACAAGGGGGCAGCCAUAGAGGACGGCAGGCUGAAGCGUGGAGAUCAGAUCAUUGCUGUGAAUGGACGCUGCCUGGAGGGUGUGACUCACGCUGACGCCGUGGACAUUCUCAAGAAGACAAAGGGAAGUGUAGUCCUCACUGUUCUCUCAUGA